AGUGGUCACACUUAUUAAGUUAUACCAAACAUCAUCUGAAAAAAUCGAAAUCAAUUCAGAGCAAUCGUUUUUGCGUAAUGCGAGCACAAACAUACGGCUGCGAGAGAUCGACAGAAACUCUAUAAAUGACCAUUACUUACAUACCUAUAUAUUUGCAGAUCCUCCAUAAUGUAGUUUUUUGGCAAUAUUUUUUAAGUACCUACCUACCUACAGACAUCGAUCUGUUACAAUUUUAUAUGUGCAUCUUAUAAGUAAUUUGUAUUAUUGAACGAGCAAUAUCCCAAUCCCAACUAAUAUUAUAAAUGCGAAAGUGAAUUUAUUAGUUUCUGUUACCUCUUCACAGGUAUCUACUGAAGAACCUUCUUGAAAUAUCACGUAUAUAUAAUUAAGAGUGUGGAGAAGGGCACAGGGUACCUCUCAACCAGAUAGAAACUAAAGUCCUUUUGUGAUUUGCAAAAACUUGUAUUCUUUUAUAGGUGGCGUUAAAUACGUCGCUCUUUGUAGAUGGCGCUAAAUUCACGCGGGCGAAGCUGCGUAUAAAACCUAGUUAGAAAUAUUAGGCACAUAGAAAUCGGAUUCAUAAAUUGGGCUACACGCAAUGGCAACACUUAAACGCCACUGUCAUCAAUGUCGUUAAGUCUGUCAUCCUUCAUGUCAGACAAGGUUAUUUUUGUUUUGUUUGUAUCUUCUUUGCACAAACUAAAUAGAAAUUGGUAUCUUUGUUUCCCAAAACUUUUACCUUACUAAUUUGCUGUUUUAUGUAUUUUUAAAGUAGAAAUCUAUCUACGUACAUAUGCAUAUACUACAUAAAAUCACGCCUCUUGCCUGAAAGAGUAGGCAGAUACUACAUCUUAAUCAAAAAAUAUUAACCACGGCUGACCACAAGAAUAAUAAUUACUACGGUUACAUCUGUUGAUCUUGACUUAAUCUUCAGGUUAAAAUUUAGUACUAUAUAAUUAAUUUUUUGUUUAUGUGGAAACACGUGGAAGUACGUAAGAAGGAGGAACAUGGUUUUCUUAAACUUUGUAUGGAUCUGUGCAUCUACCCAAAUACAUGAUCCAAGCAGGAAAGUCAUUGUGAAAUGGACACAGUGGGUGAGAUUCGAACCUGUGAGCCGGUUGCUUACAAAUCUGCUGCUGACUUAUUUUACAUUACAACUAUUAGUAGGCACUAAUCUCUUCAACAAGCAUUUCUCACUAGUACUUAAAAAGAGUUGAAAAUAUUUUCAAGAAACUAGUACAGAAGAAGAAGCUUCAAACAGAGUACCCACCAAGUAGCUCCCUGGCUUUAAUGCUGUGCAGAGUCUCAGCAGAGCAUCGUGAACUCAUUGGUACACAUGUAAGACAAUGUCAAGUAGUGGCAUGCCGAGCAGCAUGGCUUGUGAGGUCGGAGUUCGAGUAAGUAAAUUAGAAAAAGAUCUCCACAGCAUCAGAGAGAGACUCAGAUACAAUGAUAAUUCUUACACCAAUCAAGUGUUUCGCUGUCUAAAGAGAUUCUUGCGGUACAGACAGAAACAUAAAAAUACUGAAACACAUAUACAGAUGUUUGCAUUCAAUCUAUAUUGUUCUAAACCCCGUAUUUACAAACAUCUAAAGGGAAUUUUAGACCUUCCUGAUGAGGGUGUGUUUCAAAAUUUUAAAAUGAAUCUGACUCCUGUAUUUGAAGAGUCCACAUUAUACUUUUUGUCCUCAAAACUUAACUCUUUUAAACAUGAAAUGAACCAUUUUGUAUUGUGCAUUGACCAAAUCAAAUUAAAUAGAAAUUUCACAUAUGAUACCAAGAGGGACAGCUUUUUAGGCUUCCAUAAUGUAGAUGGCACAUACAUGACCAUAUCUGCCACAACAGCAUAUGUCUUGUUGCUGAGGAACAUCAAGAUGGACUGGGCACUGCCCAUCACGUAUGCUCUAGUCUGUGACAGUGCAGUCUCAGAGCAGCAGGUGGCUGCGUGGUGCGUGAAGGUCGUCAAACUACUGACGCAAAUAGGAGUCAAGGUGCAUGCUCUCAUUACCAAACUACACACCAUCUUGUCCAAAAAAUCCCAACUAUUACUUAGCAUUCAGAGAUACUUAAGGCAAUUACCAAGUAAAAUAUAUGAGUUACAUGAUGCUAGAUUAGACAUAGAGGCUGUGAGAGACUGUUUAAUUAAAAAUGACUUGUAUCUCAAUGGAUCUAGAGUAUCAUGGCAUUAUAUAAAAUUGUUGUAUUAUCAACAAAAGGACUGUGCUGAACCUGCCCUGAUUCCUGAAAUCACUGAAAAGCAUAUUCACCCAGGUAGUCAACUGAGAAGCCAUUUCAGAUUUUCAUCUCAAAUAUUUAGUUUGAGCGUAUACAAUGCAUUCAACGACCUGAUAACUAGCGGAGCUCUGCCUCAAGAAGCUCAAGCUACUGCAGACUUUGUGAAAAUAAUGAGUGAGCUACUGGAAGUCGCGCAUUAUAGCCCGCGGACAGGCCGCCAGAACAUCGAUGUUGACGAACAGAUUGAGGUGUUGCUGACCACUUUAAACAUAUUUUACAAUAUAAAGGGAGAAAAUAACGUCCCGCUAGAAAUAAUACACAUGCAGGAAACUAUCAAUGUGAUGGUUCACUUACUGCAAGAUUUGAGGAAAUAUAGAUUGAAACGCGUUUACACGGCGCGGCUUAACGGAGCUCCCCUCGAGACGUUUUUUAGGAACAUUCCCAGAGCAACGAAAGAGGGCAGACGGCUGCGGCCCACGGCCGGCAGGCUGGGCGCGGCGUUCUCGGCCGCGUUCUGUCGCGGCGUGCGGCGGCGCGUGGGGCGGGCGGCGCGGCGGGAGCGGCUCGCGGACGCGGCGCGCGGCGUGCUGGACGUGCGCCGCGCGCCGCCCGCGCCGCCCGCCUCGCCGCUGCGGCUGCCGUUCCCCGCGCGCGCCUACCGCAUCCAGCUGCCGGUGAAGAAUUCCGAGCUGUACAUAGCCUCGUUCCUGCUGUACAAGUGCAUGCAGGUCCACUGCUGUCAGGAGCUCAAGGAUUCCCUGUGGCCCCCUGUGUAUUUACACAUAUCCCAGAAGUCUUUCAGGAUGUUUAAUCCGUCGGAAGAAUUUUACGAGAAACUGCUGGUCCCGCCGCCGGCGUUUGUGCAAUACGUGGAGAACAUAUCGCUGGAGUUGUUGGUGCACCUGCGGCAGUCGCUGACGCGGGCGCCGGGCGCGGCGGCGUGGCGGCAGCUGGCGCGCGCGCCGCCCGCCGCGCUGCCGUGCGCGUGCUUCCCGGCGCGGCUGUUGCGCGCGCUGUUCGUGCGCCUGCGCCUGUGGGCCAUCCUCAAGAACAACAACGCCAGGCUCCGCCACCACGGUGUCAACGGAACAUUGAAUCUCCGAAACAGCUCUUUCCAAUUUUUCCGAAAUUUCUCUAGAAAUAAAUAGUGUCCUUGUAUUAAAUUUCUUUUUAGUUUAAGUUCUAUUCUUACUUAGUUCUUGAUCUACAUUAAUAUAAAUAAAUAAUAUAAAAUGAAAUAAUAAAAUAUAUAUUAAAAAAGAAAUAUGAUUUACUUGUGCAUCUCGCAGAUAGACAGCGGUCGCAGAACAAACUGCAGCUCGUUUGAAAUAUGUAAACGAAAAAUGUAUCAAGUAGGGUCACUGGUCUAGUGGGAUCACAUUCCCAGUGCUCUUGCUAGUAAGACUAUUUGAUUAAACUAUCUGUUAAUGGAACAAUAUCUAGUAGGUACUUAGGUAUUCACAACGUCGUCAUAGUAACAAAAAGUUAUCUAUUUAAAAAGUUAUACAGGUAAACUUAUCUAUAUGUGUGUUAUAUUUAAUAAGCACACGUGCCAUAUAAACUUACAUCUUUCUAAUAGACUAGGGUUUGUAUAACUUUCAAUCAAGGUCAUGUUUUUGUCUGAAUCUUGUUUGUAAUUGUUUUUCAGGGAUGUAAUUUUCUCAUGAUCUAUGGUACAGGGCACAAUCAAAUGUUUUACCUAGGACCUACUGUUUCAUAUUUAAGAUAUACAUAUUUUCCUUAAACUUUUUGUUUUUUGCUAUUUUUCCACUCGUUUUCUUAUUGCUGUGCGUACUCAUUUCAUCUCGUAAAUAAUGGCAUCGGAAAUUGAGGAAAUUGUAAAGAAAAACAGGUAAUUUGUAUUUAUUUGCUAAAGAGAAAAGCGCAAUUCUACGUAACUUAAUGAGCGAUGUUUUAUUGAUGAAAGGCAAUGUUACUCUGCUUGCAAAUAAUAAUAAAUGUUUCUGUUUCCUGUGGUUUUUAGAUUUUGUUCUGCUUCUUCGAUAUCUUAUCCUUAACUGAAAUGCCUGU